AUGGCAUCUCCAAUUCCCCGGGGCCUCCGCCAGGUCCUCCAGAAGUCCCCCAAUGACAUUGUGAUCCUUUCCUCCCUGCGUACCCCCGUUACUCGCGCGAAGAAAGGCGGUUUCAAAGAUGCCUACCCCGAAGAGCUGCUCGCCAAUGUUCUGAAGGCUACCCUCGAAGCGAACCCCAAACUCGACCCCGCCCUGAUCGAGGAAGUCGCCAUCGGCUCCGUUCUCCAAGAGCUCGGCGGUGCGAAGGCUGGCCGUAUGGCUCAGAUCCACGCCGGCUUCCCUCACACGGUUCCAUUCCAUACCAUCAACAGACAAUGUUCGUCUGGUCUCGCCGCUAUUACCGCGAUCGGCAACGGAAUCAGGGCAGGUGCCCUGAACAUUGGUGUCGGUGGCGGAAUGGAGUCCAUGACCCGGAAUUACGGAUCUCGCGCGAUCCCCACCGUGCUCUGGCCCGAGCUCAAGGAGUCGCCGUCGAAGGACUCUCGGGAUUGCAUUAUGCCUAUGGGUCUUACCUCCGAGAACGUUGCUUCUCGUUAUGGUAUCUCGCGGGAGGAUCAGGAUGUCUUCGCCGCGGAGUCACACAAGAAGGCUACUGCUGCGCAGAACGCUGGUCUGUUCGACUCUGAAAUUGUGCCGGUCAAGACCCUCUCCUUUGACCCUGAAAACCCCGAUGCGCCCCCGAAGGAAAUUACCGUCACUAAGGAUGACGGGAUUCGCCCCAACAUCUCCGUCGAGAAGAUGGCCAGUCUGAAGCCAGCCUUCUCUCCGACUGGUGCCAGCACCGCCGGAAACAGCUCGCAGGUCAGCGACGGUGCUGCCGCUGCACUUCUCAUGCGCCGUUCCACCGCGACCGAACUUGGACUGACAUCCUCCAUCAAGGGCCGCUGGGUCGGCACCGCUGUUGCUGGUUGUGCUCCCGAUGAGAUGGGCGUUGGACCCGCGGUUGCGAUUCCCAAGCUCCUUCAGCAGCUCGACAUGAGCGUUUCAGAUGUCAACAUCUGGGAGAUCAAUGAGGCCUUUGCCUCCCAGGCGCUCUACUCGGUUCGUAAGUUGGGUAUUGACGAGGCCAAGGUCAACCCGAAGGGUGGUGCUAUUGCCAUCGGUCACCCGCUCGGUGCGACUGGAGCUAGACAGCUCGCCACUCUCCUGCCCGAGCUGGAGCGUACCGGCCAGGAAGUCGGUGUGGUCAGCAUGUGCAUUGGAACAGGUAUGGGAAUGGCUGUCCACGUGACCGAGUGCGUGGAAGAGCCUCCGAACGGGAAUCCUGAAACUUUUCGAAUGCUGGCUGAAGUCCGCAAUUCGUAUCACACCACCGCCAUGCGUCCCUCAUUGCGGCUGUUAAACCUGGAGGUAUCGUCCCUCCAGGGCUCUCGGACCCUCUACGUCUGCUCAGUGUGCAGACAAGAAGCACGCCCACGCCCAUUGGUCGCCCGGCAAUUCCUGCGCAAUGCGUCCAACGCAACCCCGAUCACCGAACGAGUGCGCCGCAAGAUCUGGGGUACAGACAACCCGCCCGGUCUGAAGGAUCCCUAUGGGGGAGAAGGAGUUCUGGAACGGAAAUUUAGGAAAGACCAGCCGGCUAGACAGGAGGAGGAGCCGGAGAACCUCACCCAGGCCUCCGAACAAACUCAAGUCGAGAAUGAAGCGGAGCUCGCUGCCGCUGAGGCGUAUGAGCCGGCAACCACAUGGGAGGGACUUCCGCGUGUGGGCCACUUGGGCAGGUGGUCUGACUUGCCUCCUACUGAGGCCGACGGAUAUGAAUCAUUUAUGCUCAAAAAGAAAGUCACCAAGAAGGGUCAAGUGUCCCUAGCCGCCCACCAAGCAGCAGUCGAAGUUUGCCUGAUGCACGCCCUGAACAAGCCUUUGUCGAAGGUUUGCGAUGUCGUCGAGCACGAUAAGUCGGUUUUCAAGAUGCUCUGGAAGUGCAAGAUCCAGCCCGGCCAAUGGAGCCAGGCCGUGGUUUAUCCUAGCAAGGAAGCCGAAAAAGCCCUCGUUUAUAUCUUCGAACAGAUCGGCGGUCAACCAGAGCCUGCCGUUGCACAAGAGACCGCGGAGGCCGAGGAGGCCGUCGAAGAGUCCAAGUGGGAAGACCUCGUGCCGGAGGUGAAUGUUCCCUUCUUCGGAUACGCUGAUGUUCGGGACAAGGGCUUCCUGUCUCUCCCAUUGGACGAUCCUGCUACGAAGUUCGCUUUCUUGAAGCGGUUCUCCCAGCUGAGCGGCCACUACCUCCCGGAUCCUGUCGUUCACUCGGUUGCCAACGUCGGACAGGUAGUUGAAUACAUCCAGUCGGCUCUUAACCCCAAGCCUAAGAAGCUGGCAGAAUACCUGGCCAACAGCCAAGGUCUCCACAACCUGCCCAACGUCAAGGUCUUUGCCAAGAAGCAGAAGCCAAUGGACCGGGACGAGGAGUUGGGCCGGAAGAAGGUCAUCGAGGCUGAGCUUCGCUCCAGAGGGCUUAUUGAGUAG